AUGCUUCAAAAACCGGCGGGUGAUUGCCGGCCCUCCACAAACGCUAGGUGAGAUAAAACACUUCUUAAAUUUUCUGUUUUCUGCUUAAUUCAGUGAAUGGAAGUUUGGAUUAAUAUCUUGUCCGAUCGACUAGAAUCUCCGAAGUUCGACUUUGUCACAGAUUUCAUUGGAGGGAAGUGUAUUGUUCAGGUUUGUAUCAUUUUUACAAAUUUCUCAGCGUUUCUAACUUUUAGAAAGAUUAUCUCGAUGAAGGUCAAUCGCAUCAACAGUCUGGCUGGUUAAUUCAUGUGUACUUCGAGCCGAUUGACUUUGAAGAUCGUCCAUUCAUUGCGGAUGUGUGCUUCAGAUGCGGCAGCCAUCGGAGAGAAGUGAGAUUUUUUGGAGAUUUUAUUUGCUUUAAUACGUUUUCCAGAUAAUUUCUGUUCUUCUCAAAAGUAAAUGUUUUUUUGGCCACAUUCGGACAAAUGAAAAGGCCGGUCGCAUGAUUAUUUCUGCUAGGGUCAGACAAAUUCCUUAUUUGAAAAAGAAACGGUUUCAUUUCAGAUUCGUAAAAUGUUGUGCGAGCUAGAUCUCUCCAAACCCUCCGGGUCCCGACAGUUCGUGCUUCAAAAUUUCGAGAGUCAAGUUGAAGAAAGCCUUAUCUUCUACGUAAAUACUGCCAAACUCUCUACACUUGGAGGAGAUUUGUUCAAAAAAUGGAAGCAUGAAGAAGAUCUCGAUUUGAGCACAACCACAGAACACAUGGAGAACUCCAUGAUCGAAUUGUUAAUGGAAGCCACUGCCAAAUAUGACGACAUAAUUGUUCUGAGGCACGCGGUCGACAAACUUAUCGCACUGGCCCAGAAGUACCGAAUGCACAAGCUCAUGCGAGGGGUCGAAGACUUUCUGUCCGAGACGAAGUUGAUGAAUUGGGACGAAAAAAUACUUCUAGCCCUCCAAUACAGAAUGAGCCCGCUUUAUGUGCAAGUGCAAAGGAAAUAUCUUCUGACGCCGUGGAACAUUUUAUGCAGGGUAAAUUGCCGUAGUGCGUGUUAUAUUUAUCUUGUUUUGUUUUCAGAUUCAACGGCUAUUUAUAUCUAAUUAUGCUCGUUACGAACUCCCGGACAGUGCUAAUCCCUAUUCGCAACUUCAUAAAAAUCUCUUGGAAAUGGUAAUGAUGUCCGAAGAAAACAUUUGUAUUGGAUAAAACUAAUAACUGCUGAAUAAAUUAUGCAAAUUUCUUGACGACACUCAAUUGGUCUACAGUAUAAUGUAACGCAAUCAUCAUAUCAGAGUAUCUUCAAAUGGUUUCCAAUUGGAACCUUGCUUUCUUUAACCUAAACGAGGAUUAACAGUUUUCAUUAUGGCUAGUACAGCUGUACUGAUAGAAGGUCGGCCAAAUGACGAUUCUCUGGGCCCGACAGGAACUGUGGGCAUUUGUGCUGAGAGACACAACAAAGUUGUAAUUCUAAUAGAUGCCGGAGAUCCAUGGAACGGAUCCCAGAUCCUGGAGAAAUUGGACUACUUCGCUGUUAGAGACCGAAUCACUCAUGUAAUCGUUACACAUGGACAUCUGGAUCAUUGUGCCAAUCUAGGAUUAUUUCCAAAUGCGAUGCACAUAAUGGACUCUGAUAUUUCUAUCAGAUGCAACGGAAAAAAUGAAUAUUCCGUAGUACCGCAUUGGCCGUUUGGAAUCUCGGAGAAUGUUGAGGUGAGAAAAGUAACUACUCGGCAGCGUUGGUCAAAAUUUGCGCAAAAUCCACGCAACUUUUCGCAAAAAUUGGCUUAAGAUUUGCGCAAAAAUUGUUGGAGCGCUUAAAGCUUGCGAAAAUUUUGAAAAACGUUAUGCAAUUUUAGCGCAAACUCUGAGCAGUUUUCGCACAAGCCUUAAGCAAUUUUUGCGAAAAGUUCUAGUAGAAAUUGCGUAAAGUUUGUGCAAAUUGUGACCAAAACUGCCGAGUUCUUACUGUAUCGACAUGUAUCCAAACUGUCGCGAAAUUUCGGUGAUCGCGCUCUACCGUACUCAAUCGUAUUGUCGAACAACCUUUUCAGAUCAUGAAGCUCUCAGGACACACGGCUUCCGACACAAUCGUCAUAGCCCGAGAUCAAUUCAAGAAAACUGUUGUGUUUUCUGGAGAUCUUGUAGAAGAUUAUCAAGAAUUUAUCAGUUUUCAAGAAUCACAACUGGAUUUACUUUCAAAUUCGAAAAAAGAUGCACUUUUCCUGUCUCAAGAAUACAUAUUCUCCAGCGGCGAUCUAAUUGUUCCGGGGCACGGAACUUCUUUUAAGAAUCCAUUUCGUUCUUAUUUCCUUUUUUUCUCGUUUUGGCGCCAUUUCAUGAAUUGUUGAUCACCAUGAAUAAAACCAAAUAAUAAAUUCCAGAUGGAGGAGGGCAGCAACGAAGAUGGACUGCAGGGCUCGUGUGCGAUCUGCCUGGUUCAGUUCCGGAUGCGAGACAAAAUCUCAGCGUUGAUUUGCGGACACAUGUAUCAUCACGGAUGUAUCAAUCAGUGGAUAGCUGCGAAAAGACAAUGCCCGAAUUGUCGGAAGACGAUUCCACGAAGCGGAUACGUGGAAAAACUAUAUUUUUUGAAGGAAGGAGAAUCGAAAGUCAGCGAUGAAAUUGAUUAUAUGGAAGAGGUACGAACCCAAACGGCCGAAUGCCUUCGUUAGUUGUUUCUAAUUUCCAACUAAGUAAAUUUUUUUAGGCACACAAACUGACUGCUGAGAUCAGGAUCGUAAAGGAGAAAAAUGAAAAGCUGCAAGAUGAGAAUAAAAACUUGAAAACAUCCAUAAAAGCACUGGAGAAAAAAAUUAUACGAGAAAAAGAGAAGUCGAGCAAAGAAAUUCCAAUGUUGAAAGCAACCAUUGAAGCUCUCAAGGCGAACGCUGAAGAGACCGACUACUAUAAAGAGGAACUGGAGGUCGCCAACACCAAAAUCAAAGCUUGUGAUUUCUACAAACUUCUCACAAGCCAGACUGAAUCGGCGGACAAAAAAUUGAGAGAAUAUUUGCGAGACAGUAAACGACUGGAUGUUGAAAAGUUUAUUGAUCUCAUUAAAACGUGAGGUUCUAGCAAUUUCUCGUGGAAAAGUGAUUUAUAUUUCAGACAAAACCAUGGGCUGACUGAAGUUCGUAGAGAUUUAACGAAGAAAAAUAAUACCAUGAGGACUGAAAUUCAAGGCUAUGAAAAGACAAUUAAAGAUCAAGAAGACGUUAUCAAAGUAAUCACGAAAACAAAGAAAAAACGGUUCAAAUUUUUAGACUCUGAAAGAAGCACUUCGUGAGGCGGAAUACAAUCAAACGGGGAAAAUUGUAGCGAAUAAGCUGUUGAAGUCUAUUCUAAUGGAGGAAACUCCGAACAAAAGAAUCUCAAUGGGUUUCGAUGAGACGAAAGUGCCAACAGACGAUUUAUCGUUCUUUACGGUUAGUUUUUUUAAAAAUAACCUUACUAUAAAUUUCCCUGACCAGAACUGUCCCAAAUCAGAACAAAACUGCAGACCGUACUGAUUAAGGAAUAGUCUUGCUGUGGCAUGUUCAAACGGAUGAAUUAUGUUUUCCCCGUUUCAGAAAGAAAAUAACUAUGACGAUGUGAAACCCGGCUCCUCCGGUUAUAAUGAAAAGCCAGGAGGAUUCACUUUUGGCGACGAUGACGACGACGCAGAGUAUUAUAGGGGCACCGCACAGAAAUGGCGCUCUGUUGAGAAACUCUUUUUGCAGUGCAAAUUGAGCGACCUCGGGGCCGAGUUUGAUAAUUUAGGCCACGUUUUCAGUGGAAAAAUACUUCGCGGCCUAGAAAUUCGGCCAGAUUGCGAACAGCGCGCCCUUUCUGUCCGGUGCCCCUAUAAUAUUUCAUCCCCAGAAAAAAAGAGAAGAAUAAGGUUUCGAAGAAUGGCAGAGAAGAGUUAGACUAUUUUUUCGCCUCGUCAAAACUCUUCCAAUAUUUUCAGAUCGUCUGAUUUUCCCGAUAUUCCUGUGCCCGACGCCAUAAUUAACCGGAUAUCUUUGAAUGCCCAAAGCUCUUCAAAACUUUCAAUUCAACCUCAAAAACUCAAAAACAAUCCUAUCUCUCUGAAGCGUCAAUUGAGCUUCGAUUCGAAACCUGGAAAGACCAACAGUGUUCCACCAGCAAAAACGGCCAGAAUUUCAAGUUUUUUCACACGAACGACGUCUGCAACGAGCGGGCUCAAAUCUGAAAACAAAGGGAACUUCAUCACACUUGACUGAUUUCAUAGCAUGUUUCGUAUCUUAUAUCUUAUUCCUUGUGCAUAUUCUAUGAUAAAUAUAAAUAUUGUUUUUUUUAGUCAAUCUUGUCUGCAUUGGCUUGUUUCCAAUUUUCUAGAAUUUCUGGGGUUUCUAAAUUAUUGGCAUUACGUCACGUGAACAGCAAAGUUGCUCAAUUUUCAUGGAACUUUACAGAGCAUGAUCGAUGUUCACUGUCAUCUCGCUGAUAACAAGUUCAAAGAAGAUCUUGACGAAGUUAUCGCCCAAGCAAUUCAUGGUGGAAUAAAAAAAAUGAUUGUUGUGCCUGAAUUUGAGUCACAGUUCGAGAAAGUCAUCGAGAUUUGCCAGAGGUUCCCGGGGAAAGUCUAUGGAGGAAUCGGAAUACACCCUAUUCAAGUAUUCACACCUUUAUCCUUUUUCAAUAAAAAUUUAAUGCAGAAGCGUGGAAAAUGCGUUCGCAUGAAGAAUAUAGCUAAAGUUGAGCAGUAUCUAGUGGAAAAUGAAAAAUACGUGGUUUGCGUUGGAGAAGUGGGCCUAGAUCACACGAAAUCGCAGUUCAAGCUGACUGACGCGGAUCUCGAAGAGCAAUGUCGCGUUUUCAAGCAGCAAAUAGAAAUAGCAAAACAUUUCAAUAAGACCUUGUAAUUCAGUUAAUGAUCGCAUAUUUUCACUUAAGUUUUGUUUGCAGGAAUGUACAUUCCCGGAGCGUUGCACGAAAAACUAUUCAAGUGUUACAAGAAGCCAAUGUUCCGAAGGAUCAUGCCAUCCUGCACGCAUUCGAUGGAACUAAUGAGGAUGCAAAACUGGGAAUUGAACAAGGAUACCUUUUCAGCAUUCCUCCAUCCUUCUCAAGUGACCACGUAUAUUGCAAGAAAAGAGUCGAGUUUACUGUAUUAAUUUCAGAGUAAACAAAUAAUAAAAUCAAUACCACUCCACCUUCUUUUAUUGGAAACUGAUUCUCCAGCCCUCGGUCCUGUGAAAGGAGUCAAGAAUGUUCCAGAAAACUGCCAGAUUAGUGCUCGUAUCAUUUCGGAGGUAAAAUAAAAUGUGAAAGAUUGACCAAAUCUGACCACUAUAUUUAGGCAAAGAAAAUUCCACUUGAAGAAGUAAUUUCGGCGACGUCGUCGAAUGCCUAUCGCGUUUUCCAAUUCCCUAACGAAAUACAUGACACUGUUCUAACAAGCUAA